AAGCGAUUCAUUAAAAACAGCUCUACGAGUUGAUGAUGACGUGUACUGUUGUUCAGUUUUUCAGGACAGCUGUGUAAGAGUGUGCUGUCGGUGCUGACAUACGUGGCGAGACUAAAUAAAAACACGUGUAAGGAAACGUUUGAUGAUACUCCAUCUGAUAACAUCAUGCAUGAAAACGUUUCUGGGGAACUAAGAAACAACCACGUGGGUGAAAACGUUUCUGGAACUACCACUGACAUCGAUGUAUUACAGAAAAAGUUUAUACAAGACCAGAGAGAACCACGUGCGUGAAGACGUUUGUGGGAAGGAUUAAACACAACCACGUAGGGGAAAACGACUCCAAACACAACAUUGAUGACACCCACUUGUAAGAACAAAUUUGUGGGACGUACAAGUUAGUGUAAACCAGGUGUUGGAGACUGGCGCUGACAACCACGAGGCAGACCAGUGAUAACCCCCGCACAAAAGGCCGUACACAAGAAGGGUUGAGAAGACACGAACACAGGUGACGAGUGUAGAUAAUGUUCAUCGGUCACUCAACCAAGCGAGUCUUAAACAGAUCAACCAAACAGUAAUAAAAAUAAACACCAUCACCUAAACGAAACGAGACUCGUCAACUUCACCCACAAAAGGAACCCACCUACAGGAAGGGGUCCAUCAAGCUCACCCUACCACACAGGGGCCUGAACAUCCCACUACACAGGGCCCAACCAGUCAGUCAGUGAGCAAGUGUAGUAGAGGUAGGAUGAGUGAGACCAGCAGCAGUGGGCCGACUCGUCCACCUCCCCCACUGUGUCCCCUGCUACAGGAGGACGAGGAUUACGACGCCUGGGUCCUGGCUGGUGGCCGACUCUUCCGCGCCCACACCUCCGUCCUCGCCUCCCACAGCGCUUACCUGCGGGGGGCGGCUGUGGGAGCGGCGGGAGGUGGCGGCAGCAGCAGUAGCAGUGGCCAGAGGGACGUCAGGCUGCUCCUCCCUCAUGUACCGCCGGCGGGUUUUGCUGCCGUCCUCACCUACAUGUACACUGGCCGUCUGCCACUCACUCCCUCCACCCUGUAUGAGGUGCUGUUGGCCGGCCACCUGCUGCAGAUGGCCGGGGUGGUCUCGCUGUGCCAGGCCCUGCUCACCACCACCACCACGACCACCACCACCACCUCCUCCCUGGGCCUGUCCGACGUGCCACCAGCCCUCAGUGUGUGGCGGGGACUGGCCAGGCUCGUCCCCCCACCCCAACACGCAGCAGCAGCCUCCUCAUCUCUUCCCACCACCAUCGUCAGGCCCACCCCAACCAGACCCCGCCCACCUCACCACCCACUCAACCCACCCCAAGAUUUGACGAGAGAGACGGAGACAAUGGAGGAGGGUGUUGGAGGGGAGGAGAGGAGGAACACAGCGCAACGCUCGGAUGAAAACAGAUCUCCGGACGCCAACCCUCGCUACCCCCACAAAACGGCCCUGGACGACGGAGGGCAGGUCAGCACGGGAGCUGUGGUCAUUGACGUGGCGGCGUGCGAUGGCCCCGUUUUCUUUGAGCGCGUCAUCAACAGGGCGUACAAAGCUAAUCCUCUACUGGGCCACGAUGACUCCGAAACAGAGACCGAGAUCAACGUUGAUGACAUAGACUCCUGCGACGAUAACAGCAGCCGGGCACAGACUGGUGGGAGUCCGCUAGGCGCUCCGGAGAGGAACGGACUCGCCAACAUCCUACGGCUGCGCGCUGCUGGAGACGCACAGAGGAAUGCCCUGGCCGCUUCACCCCCCAUGCCAAACAACCAAGUCAGUCGCACCUACCACUGUGUGUACUGCAACCACACCUUUAAGAGUCACUACUGCUACCAGAAACACAUGCGUCGCCACAUCAACCCCAUCACAGUGGAGGUGGAUAAACAGCAAGGAACAAGCAGCUCUUCUCCCAGGACUGUGGAAACCUCCUUGUCAGAUGGUGGCAGCCAGGCGGGAAUGCGAGAACGGGUGGGAGAGAGCAGCAACUCUGGGGCAAACAGUUCCAUCAUCAACGAGAGCAUCAAGAGUGGCAGCGUGUCCCCCUUCAGCGGCAGGACCGUCUCUCCCGCUCCCUCGGAAGGACUCAAGAUCCUGGACCUCAAUGUGCAGUACUUCCCCUGCAAGACUUGCGGCUCAAAGUUCCCCAGUUAUUACUUCGUACACAAGCACCGCCGACUGUGUCACCAGGAGGAGGAGAGUUCCUCCUUCAACAAGAAGAGCAACAACAACCCCACCCCCUCCACUAGCACCUCUACCACCCCCACCCCGACGCCCGUCAACACCCCGGCCAGCACCCCCACCAUCACCACCACGGCAGCAUAAGACCUCCGUGUACCGUAAACACAGUCGGUGACUAUGUUAGAUGUAAGUGUAACCACAAACUCAUUCUAUGGCAAUAAGAUCAAACCUAAAGCAACCCCAAUAGUGUACAAACUUAGGGCAGCACCCGUCAUCCCACCACGUGUGUGUGUGUCUCUAAUGGCAAACUCCCCCCAGUAGAUAUCUUACACAGGAAGCACCCGUUAACCACCUAGUAAUGAUCACUCUGUACCAACACUAAACCUAGAACUCAGCGCUGUCAUUAGAACCUUAUGAUGACCUUUCUAUAUACAGUAUAUAGAUAAGAAUCAUCUAUACUUUAUCUAUGUACAAUAUCUAUAAUAAAGUCUAUCACCAUUA